AUGUUUGAACCUUUUUUAAAAUUAGAAGAUGUUGUUUUAAAAACGAUUGAAUCAUUAAAAAAUUUUUUUAUUACAAGGAUUAGUUACAUUAAUAAUACUCUUUGUUUUUUAAAAAAAGUAAAUCAAAUAACUAUCAAAUCAUAUAAUUCAUUAGAAAAUUCUGUAGAAAACUUUUCUAGUAAUAAAGAGAAUAUCUCUGAUAUUUAUAAAAAUAUAGAUGAUUUUUUAAAAAAAGUUAAAAUUAUAAAAGAUCAGGUAAAUACAUUGGAAUAUAUAUCAAAAGAAUUAAAUAAAUAUUCAAAAGAAUUAGAAUUUAAAUGUGAACAAUUACUUAAAUAA